CCUUGCCAGGGCCUUAUAAAACGAAGCGCCUUCCUUUGCCGUUCCACAAACAUCACCGAGGCCUUGGGACACAGCAAACAAGAUGGGCUGCCUAGCUCUGACUUAUUCCUUCACUUUGCUCAUGGGGUUACUGCCGGCCGGGCCGGGCUGGGCUCAUCCAGUGACGUGGAGUCCCUCUGGCCAAGAUCUGCAGGCUCUGCAGCACCUCCUGGAUCGGCUGCGAGAAAAAAUCCAGCAGGAGGAUCUGGAACCUUCCGACUACGAAACCGGCGGUGCAAAUGAAGAUGGCGAUUAUCCCGACCUCGAAGGCGCCGAGAUUAUCCCUUCCCACCUGCCCAAACUUCAAGAUUCCCUCUCUCAGGCACAGUGGAGGAAGUUCCUGGUGGCCUCCAGGAGAUACUUCUCCGGAUGUUUCGGAAUCAGGCUUGAUCGGAUCGGGACCCAGACGGGACUCGGCUGCAAGUCCUACAAACCCCGUUCCUGGAGGAGACGGAGAAGCUGAAUUUCACAACUUCUUCAACAAUGUUUUCCUCCAGAAGUAAACGGAGAGCAAGGCCCUCGAUACGAACUGUUCAACACCUGGAAAAAACAUCACUUCCUUUUCAUCCCCUGAGAAAAGAUGCGCUCCA